GGGUUGAAGCAUAAUGGUUCGCGCAGUGAUGGUGGCCAAGGGAGUGAGAAAGGUUGUGGAGGAGGUGACCACGAUGAGGAUUCGUGGUUGAAAGGUGAGAGGGAGGGAGAGAAGAGGGUCGCGAGUCUAAAGGGGAAGAGUGAAAGCGCGGGCCGCAGAGGCUGUGGCGAGGCUCUACGACGAGUUGAGGCGGGGGCGAGGUUCAAAUUAGGACACGGUGGCUACGCUGGGGGCUAA